AUGGCAGAAAAGGAAGGAGGAAUUGUGAAAAAGGGACAUGAUGAAGGGUUAAAAAUGGCCAUUUCCAUUCUUGAAGAGUUUGAACUCCCAUCAGGGCUUCUCCCAUUGGCUGAUGUUAUAGAAGUAGGUUUUGUGAGGAGCACUGGAUACAUGUGGAUUCAGCAAACCAAAAAAGUUGAACACAAUUUCAAGAUGAUUAGCAAGCUUGUGAGUUAUAGCACAGAAAUUACUGGGUUCGUCGAGAAGCAGCGGAUCAAGAAACUCAAAGGAGUUAAAGCUAAGGAGCUUAUGCUAUGGCCACCAGUGAGUGAAAUAGCACUCGAUAAUCAAUCCACUGGAAAAAUUCACUUCAAGAGCCUUGCAGGAAUCACAAAAACUUUCCCGGUCGAGGCAUUUGCUGCUGGCCAGUAA